GAGAAUGGGUUUCAUUUCUGUGUAUGAAGCUGUGCGGCUGGAGGCACAUUGAAAAUGCUUCUAGAAGGCAGGGUGAAAGGCACAUAUUAAAAACAGACAUUUCCAAGGCAAAUUCAUUUGAAGAGAAAUGAAAAGGAAAUCAAGAGAAAGCAUGGGAACGCUACAACAAAUAACAGUUUGUAUCACCAUCUGUGCUAUGGUUUCCCCUUGCAGCACAUUUUCCUUAACCAAUUGCACAAUCAGCAGUUCUCAAAAAGACAUCAAGACACAGCCAAAAGUGCUUUGCUACAAAAUGAACUUCUUCACGAUUCCGCGGGUGCCCAACAAUACCUGGAUUUUAGAUAUCUCCUUCAAUUCUUUUGCACAGAUCCAGAUUGAAGACCUUAACAUUUUAUUAAACUUACAAUACUUGAACGUAUCCAACAACAAAAUCUCUAAGAUUCAAGACGGUGCAUUUGGCAGUCUUUUUAACUUAACCGAUCUCAAUCUGGCCAGCAACAGAUUGAAUGCAGUGUCAAACGGUAUGUUACGAGGCCUAACCAAUCUGCUGGUGCUACGACUGGAUCGCAAUUAUAUCAGCGUCAUCAAAGAGUCAGCUUUCAGCACACUUCACAGUUUACAAGUGUUAAACCUAUCCAAAAAUCACCUCCGUCAUAUAGACGACGUCAAGCCAGUUCUUGCAUCGCUAUAUUUAGAGGAACUGUACAUCGGAAGCAACUAUUUUAACGUUUUCAACUCCUCUGAAUUGUCAACAAAACCCUUGUCAUUAAAAAGGCUUGAUCUGUCCAACAACCGUUUCGCAGCAUUUCAGCUCACAAACAAUAUAUUUCCAACUCUCAAUCACCUGGAUUUAUCCUACUGUGGUCAUAAUGGAACCAUGGCAUGGAACGUCACAGAAAAAUCGUACUUGGCUUCAGUGAAAACCCUGUACUUCAUGGAUGUAAACAUGUCAAUUCAGACUGCUGAUAAUGUGCUUCAGAGCUUUAACAACACACUAAAUAAAAUCAGACUUAAUGGAAACGUUCGGUUGAACAAGACUAGCCUUCUGCUUAGCGUAUGUUCUCCGAUGCUUAGAGUGCUGCGGCUAAUUGCUACCAAAAUAAAACACCUUACCAACCACAUGUUUGAUCCCUGUUCUGAGCUGAGCGAAUUAGAUUUAGGAGGCAAUGAAAUAUCCAAUUUAUCCCAGAGUAUGUUCAGAGGAUUCAAGCAACUGAAAAAACUGCAACUCCAAAUCAAUAAACUGACCCGAGUUACAAACUCCUUUCAAAUUCUCACCAGUCUGGAGUUCAUUGAUCUCAGUAGAAACCACAUCCACAAGCUCUCCUGUAAUGACUUUGCCAAUUUAACCCAGGUGAAAACUCUGUACUUGUACAGUAACAAAAUCUCAUCCAUUAGAUCAUGUUUGUUCAAGGACCUCAAGAGUCUUGAAGUCCUCAGACUCGGAACUAAUAAUCUGUUAAAGAUCGAUGAUGUUUUCAGCAAUGGGCCAUAUUUCCUAAAGGAGCUGCAGCUUAGUUAUAAUAAGCUAAGCUUAAUCAAAAGUCACACUUUCGGAAAUCUGCCACAGCUAAACAAUUUGUCCUUAGAGGACAAUCAGAUUUCAGAGAUCGAAGGCUAUGCAUUCGGAGGACUGGAGAACCUGACCUCUUUAUUUCUCUCAUCAAACAAAAUAACAGGGAAAACGUUAACUACACACCCAAAUGUAUUCUCAGGCAUGCCCAACCUCCAAAACCUCGACUUGUUUGCCAACAGCAUCUCAUUUGCAUACGAUAAAUUGAAAUACCCUCUUUUUAAAGACCUGAAGAACCUAAGAGAGUUGUCCCUGUACAGUCAGCGGCGUGGAAUCGGACAACUUCCCUCAAAUCUGCUUGAAGGUUUAUCCUCUUUGCAGAUGUUUUAUAUCGGGAACACAAAUCUCAAUCAACUAAAUCCAAACCUAUUCAAUUUCACCCCACAGCUUUGGUUUUUGGAUCUUUCCAAGAAUGCUCUACGAGAAGAUGACGCGAUCCCACCUGAGCUCUUCCACCCUAUUCCUAACCUGACCAAACUUAUUAUUUCAAGAACUCAGCUACGCUCACUCAACUUCUUACUCGGUGCAAAUCUCAACAAACUGUCAACCCUGAGAGCCUCCGGGAAUGAGAUUGACAGCGUCAACGAAACUCUGAUUAAAUCACUGCCUCGACUGGCAGUCCUUGACCUGCAGAACAACACGUUCACUUGUGAUUGUAACAAUGCGUUUUUCAUUGACUGGGCCAAGAAGAAUGAAUCCACGCAGGUGUACUAUUUGAGCAGGUACACGUGCAGCUAUCCUCGCACCUUACGAGGCACAAGCUUAGCUGAAUUUAACACUGAUUCCUGCACCUUUAACUGGGAUUACAUCUGCUUUGUUUGCAGCAGUAUUUUGGUCAUCCUCACCCUCCUGUUGUCAUUUAUCUGGAAUUUUCUGCGUUAUCAGGUGGUUUAUACAUAUUACCUCUUCUUGGCCUUUCUUUACGACAGUAGGAGGAAUCAAAGCGGUCAGACGUUCCAGUACGACGCUUUCAUUUCCUACAACACCUUAGAUGAGGCUUGGGUAAUGGAGGAACUCAUUCCCAAACUGGAAGGAGAGCAAGGCUGGAGAUUGUGCCUCCAUCACCGAGACUUUGAACCAGGGAGGCCAAUUAUAGACAACAUCGUUGACGGCAUUUACAGCAGCCGCAAAACCAUCUGUCUGAUCACCAGGAACUACCUGAAGAGCAACUGGUGCUCCAGUGAGGUGCAGGUUGCUAGCUUCAGACUUUUCGAUGAGCAGAAGGAUGUGCUGAUCCUGGUGUUUCUGGAGGACAUUCCCACACACCAGCUCUCGCCGUACCACAGAUUGAGGAAACUGGUGAAGAAGCGAACCUACAUCCGCUGGCCCAAACCUGGAGAAGAUAACAAGAUCUUCUGGCAAAAGCUAAAAAUGGCUCUAGAGACCAAAGACAGCCAUAAAUCAGAGAACUGUAUUUUGUAGGGAUUCUAGAACAAUAUGGCGUAUGGCAGUGGUUCUCAAAGUGGGGGUCGGGACCCCCCGAGGGGUCGCAGGAGAAUGAA